GGGACAUGUCUAACGCGCAGUGCAUCCCCGCUCCUCUGGCCACUCCCAUCCCGGUCAGCGAUGACCCGUCGAGCCCCGAGGGGACGCCCUGCUCUGAGAUGUCGGAGAGCCCCAGCAGCCAGGGCCUGCCCCCCAUGCCCUACUCCGUGCCCGUGUCGGAGCGCAUGGACGAGUGCAGCGUCAUCAAGGACGAGCUCGACAGUCUGCUGGAGUGCAUCCCAAAGAAAAGUCCGGUCCAGGGUGCGAUCCCCACUAACCUCCCCAACACGGCGACGGGUCUCCGGCCUCCUUACUCCCCGAGCCUCCCGGCCCCGUCCCCCCCGCUCCCCUCAGCCUUCUUCAGCUCCUCCCUCAGUGAGACGACGCCCCUGGAGCCCUUCACGCAGCUGGCCCAGCGGGACCAGGGCUCCACCCAGGCGCAGGACGCUCUGGGGAGCUUCCCCACGGGCGAGACGGACGCUGACGGGAACGUGGGAGUCUCCGCGGGCGGGCUGGACUCGCUGUCUGAGUACACUCUCCCUGGGGGACGAGUGUGUCACAGCUUCAUCCCAGGGGUGCGCAACAACAGCGCUGUACAUGCAAACGGUCCAGCAGGAACAAACCUGUCUCUGCUCUCCAGGAAUCCUCUGGCUUCCACACACGAGUUUCGGCAGGCCUGUCACGCCUGUUACAGCAGAAUCGGUCCACGAGUUAUGGACUACAAGUACCAGCCGGAGGCAGCACAUCGUUGCAAGAGGGACGUGCUGCUCUGCCGCCUCAAAAACACAGACGACCCGACCUGGAAGAGGAUCCGCCCUCGGCCCGCACGGAACAACUUCCUGGGGGCCUUCGUACUCUGUAAAGAGGUGCUGGAGCGUCAGGAGUGCCAGUACGGAGAGAACUGCACGUUUGCUUACUGCCAGGAGGAGAUCGACGUCUGGACGCAGGAGAGGAAGGGAGCGCUGAGCCGAGAGCUGCUGUUCGACCCUCUGGGCAGCACGGAGCGACGAGCGCUCAGCGUCACCAGACUGCUGCAGCUGCACAUGGGCAUGUUCAUGUUCCUCUGUGAGGAAUGUUUUGACAGUAAGCCUCGCAUCAUCAGUAAGCGCAGCAAAGAAAACUUAGCAGUCUGCUCGAACCUCACAGCUCGACACGCGUUCGACGACAACAAGUGCCUGGUGCACGUGGUGAGGUCGGCCAACGUGCGCUACAGUAAGGUGCGUCCGCUGCACCCGCUCUGUCAGUUCGAUGUUUGUCGCCAUGAGGUUCGAUACGGCUGCCAGCGCGAGGACAGCUGCUCCUUCGCUCACUCCGUCAUCGAGCUCAAAUGCUGGGUCCUGCAGCAGGACACCGGUAUCACACAUGAAGAGAUGGUGCAGGAGUCCAAGAGACACUGGCAGCGGCUGGAGCAGAACGCACAGAAGCAGCAGAAGCCCAUCCACAUCCCCCAUCCGAGCAGCAGCAUGCCUGCAGGAGGCCUGGGGGGAAUGGGAGGUGGAGGGGAUGGUAUGGGUGGGGGGGGUGUGGGUCCUGUGGGGGGGUUAGGGGUGGGAGGGUUGGGAGCCGAGGGGGGGAGAGGGCGACCCCUGAACCUGAAAAUGAAGUUUGUGUGCGGACAGUGCUGGAGGGAGGGACAGGUCAACGAGCCAGACAAGAACCUCAAAUACUGCACCGCUAAAUCCCGGCACAGCUGGACGAAGGAGCGUCGAGUCCUGCUGGUGAAAUCCUUUGAGAAGAAGAAGUGGGUCGUCGUUCGGCCGCUGCCUUUCUCCCGCACCUAUCCUCAGCAAUACGACAUGUGUGUGCACGUGAUGAAGCAGAAGAAGUGCCACUACAUCGGGAACUGCUCGUUCGCUCACAGUCUGGAGGAGAGGGACGUGUGGACGUACAUGAAGAACAACAGCUUGAGAGACAUGCAACAGAUGUACGAACUGUGGUUGCAGCUAACCAAUCAGAGCCGGCGCAGCGACAUCUCCACGGUGACGCCGUCCCCAGAGGACAAGCAGGUCACCAUAACAGCAGAUUACACAGAAAGCAUGGGCGGCCGGCGGAUGUCAGAUGGCGACGACCCUCUGAGUGUUCUGCAGACCUCCUCUAACAUCGAGUGUGAGAACAGAUGGACACACACACCACAAAAUGGUUGACCCCCCCCCCCAACAAUAUACAACACACACACACUUUCACACCAAUCACAGGCACCGCUUAACACACAGAGAAAGCUCUGGCUUCAGCGUUGUGUUUUAAUAUCUGCAGUUACACACGGCAUCCUUUAGGUUCCCCUUCAGCAGAUUAUACCGCAGAAACUCCACAGACAACUCUGACUAAAACAUGAUCCGCAGCGCUCUUUGGGAUGUGUGUGUCCACCAGAUACCGCUUUUCUUAUUCUUUCUUCCUCGCAGCACUGAAAAAACGCGUAUUGGGUGGGCGCGCUGGUCGCAGCUCUUAAAUGUAGCUUGGUGAUUAAUUUAAACCAGAAUUAAAAGCGCUAAAAGUUCAAAUCGUAACUUUGCAGUGCCAAAAAAAAGCCAAGCCCAUAACGCUGAAGAAGAAUAAAGAGAUGUUCAAAGAGGGUCUCGGUGGACACAACCAAAACCCUCUUUUCCUUCCUUCACGGGAGCAUUACUAGAGGGUCAAAAUAACUGAGCGCAUUUGUCUUUUUCCUCCAAGGGGAGUUGUACUUCCUUGUUGUAUUGUCUGCCAUAUUGGUAGAAAGCAAUGAAUGUAAACUAGGGAAAUUAGUCAUUGAAAUUGUUGCUGUGGUUGUGGAAUGUAUGCCAGUAUAUGCCCCAGAAAACAUGCCCCUAUAUAGAUAUAAGAAGGCUUCCUGAUAGGUAGUUAUGUUAUAAAACACACGGACACAUAAGCAGUGAAUGUGUGGAAACUAUACAUGUUGCUGGAGUACACAUGGCUUAUAGCUCAUAGUAGCUAAAGCGUCCAUUAUGUACUUUAACGUAAAGCACACCGCAGAUGCCCAUUAAGAAACGAUGACCCUAAUGAUACUGAAUAAUAGUGAGAUGAAUUAUGUGAUGAAAAAAUACGAGUUUGUAAUAGUUAAAUAAGCGAAACAUAUAUAAUUUAAAUAGCUGAGAGGAGAUGAGUUGCAGGAAUAUUAAGAAUGUAUAUUUUCGAUGGUUGAUUGUAAGAAUAGAGUAAGGCUCUCUCAGUUAAAUUGGGGUCAUUAUUUCACCGAAAAACCAAUCAUGCCCCUGCAGCCUUCAAAAGGAAACCCUGUUUUCCUCAUAUUUCCAUGUGUUAUGUUCCUGAUAGCUAUAAGUAGCUCCUAAUAUUAACCUUUUAUUCAUGGGAAAUCAUUCUCACCAUGUAAUGUGCCUAUAAACACACACACACACACACACACUGACACACACACUCACUCACACAGGCAGGAUAUUGGUUGCCAUGAUGGAUCUAAUCACACACACACACACACACACACACACACACACACACACACACACACCACUCACCACACAGGCAGGAUAUUGGUUGCCAUGAUGGAUCUAUAUUCACACACACCACACACCCUCACUCACACAGGCAGGAUAUUGGUUGCCAUGAUGGAUCUAUAUUCAGAUACACACAUAUUAUACAUAUUUAAUGCUAUACUACUAAUAAUUGAUAACUUAGCGGUUAAGCUUAAUAAUAUAUAACCUGAAACCUGUAUUGAUUACAUAGAAGAACUUCUUGUUAUUGAGGUAUUGCUAUAUGACCUGUAACGCUGAACUAGAUGACUAUAGUGACUUUUAUUUUAUAAUUAUCUUUAUUUUAGUCAUUCUUUUCCUUCUGUGCGGGUUGUUCCAGACGGGGUUUGGUUAACGGGGGUUGAAGCAGAGAUUACGUUUAAUUAAUUACGAAAUUACGUUUUUUAUUUGUUCACAUUUUCUGCAGCUAAACUGGACGCACGUCAUUUGAGAGUGUCGGUUAAACGUAAGAGAAUCUGCUUUUCAAUUCAAUUUCACUUUGCAAAAAAUCCACAAAUGGCUUCAAUUUCGUGAAAAUGAUUUAAAAUUGGAGAAAAAUGUGAAGUAAAGAAAAGACGUUUUAGCAUAAGAAUUAAUGUUACAUUUCAUUUUCUCUGGAUAAAUACAAAAUAAAGGAAUCAUGUAACACUCAAAGCUGCAGUGUCCUAGUUACCCCACUCUUAAAAGCUGACUUAAUGCCCAAAAUCGUAUUCUCCUAAAACGUCAGAUCUGAGGUCAGUUUUCCCUGCACUUUUGUUGUUUAAUUGUUGCUAACGAGCCCGCUCUGGAACAACCCCUGAUAUUAGCUUCUUGGAGGCAUCGUAUUACUACUACUCCUAGUAUUAUGGAAUAUGAUGACGAUAAUGAUUGCUAUCUAUUUCUAUUUCUUCUCUAUAUAUGCUAUUGAUAUAUGUAUGUUAAUUGCAAUGUAUAACUCUCUUUAUAUAUGUAUCCAUGUAUGAUAUAAUAAUUAACAGUGAAUAUGUAUGCGCAGGGAGGCAGUGAGCAGAAAGGUAAAUGUGAGGACUUUUCACUCGGUAUAUAUUAAUGUUGUCUGAGCUCUGUUUGUAAGCCUUAAGAUUAUUUGGGGCGCUGGCCAGAGAUUAAAAAAAAGGACUUUACAGAAUAUAAUAACGCGUUUCUCGCUCACUGCCCAUUGCUGUGCGUUCUUGUUUCAAAUUCAUCAGGCAAAGACGAUAUGGAAAACAAAUACAUAGUAGCCUAUAUAUACUCCCAUAUAGCGCCUUAUUCGAUAUAUAAGAUGAUACAUACCCCCUAUUGUAUAAUCCUGCUUACUAUAUACAGUAUAUAAUACCUGAUACCUAUUAUAAUACUUAGACGCCCUUAUAAGGUAAUUAGAUAAGAGAUGGUGGAGAUGUUUAUUUUUCUGUGGCUGUGGAAGAGUGUUUUUAAGAACACGCACACUCCAAUGCUCUUUUACCCUUCAAUCAUUAUUUCAGGAUAUUCAAAAAGCAGCUCGGAUCUGACGCGGUCUGAAAACGAUGGUAAACGACCGACAAGUUGGUCUUUAUUUUUAAAUUUGAUUUGGGGAUCUUCUGUGUGUUGAGAAAGACACAGAAGAUUCACACAGGACAAAUCACUGUGAAUCUUCUCCUGCAUUGUUCUGUGUUUGGUAAGAAAAGGUGAAUUAUGACACAAACUAAAGGGGAGGAAGAUUUCUGAUACAUAAAAUGCACAUAAUAAAUCUCACGUGAUAUCUUUACACAUUACCUCCUUGGUUUUGACUUGAGGGAUUAUCAAUGACAGACUUGGUUAAUUGC